AUGGCCUCCGAGAACGAAUCAGCUUCAGACGCCGGCACGCGUGCCAGGAAGCGUGUCCGCACCGACAGCAAUCCCGCGCCCCCGGCAGCAGAGAAGAAGCCCACCCCCGAGGCCUCCGCAGACGCCGAAGACGACAGCUCCUCGGACGACGACAUCGGCCCGACGCUGCCCCCCGCCGGCGGCGCCGUAACCAAGAAGAAGCGACGCACGCUGCCGCACGAGAAGCUGUACCUCGCGGCGCUGCCCACGGCGCCGCGGUACUCAAAGUCGCUCAUGCACCGGGACCACCUCGCGUUCGUGACAAUGACGCCGUUCACGGACUUCCUGAUCACGACGAGCGUCGACGGCGUGGUCAAGUUCUGGAAGAAGAUGGCGGUGGGCAUCGAGUUUGUGAAGAUGUUCCGCGCGCACCAGGGGGAGAUUGUGGGUGUGGCGGUGAGCACGGAUGGGCGCAGCUUUGCGUCGGCGGGCGUGGACGGGAGGGUCGCGAUCUUUGAUGUGGUGACGUUUGAUUUGCUGACGACCAUCACGCUGCCAAAUGCGCCAAAGGCCAUCUGCUGGGUGCACCGGCGCGGGUCCUCGCUGCCGCUGCUGGCGGUCUCGGACGUGGUGAGCCCGCACAUUGUGAUCUACGACGGGCGGGGCGACAAUCCGAAGGUGCUGUACACGGUCGAGCACAUGCACCGCAGCAUCGUGCACCUCAUGGCCUUCAACGACAAGUACAACUGCGUGGUGUCGUGCGACGAGAGCGGCAUGGUCGAGUACUGGUCGCCGCGGCCGGAGCGCGAGUUUGAGAAGCCCGAUAACGUGUUUGAGUACAAGAGCAACACGGGGCUGUUUGAGUUCAAGAGGGCCAAAUCCGUGCCCACGUCCCUCACAAUCUCACCCACGCACGAGUCCUUCGCCACCUUCUCGCACCCUGACCGCCAGAUCCGCAUCUUCGACUUCCCCAGCGCGCGCCUCACGCGCACCUACGACGAAUCCGUGUCCACCCUCACAACCAUGCAGCAAGCCGCGCCCGCGGCCACCAAGCUCCCCGACAUCGAAUUCGGCCGGCGCAUCGCGCUCGAAACCGACCUCUCCUCGCCCGCCACCACCUCCGCCACCCCGCCCACCCCGCUCACAACAACCCACCUCUCAAAGGCCAACAUCGUCUUCGACGAGUCGGGCCACUUCAUCCUCUACGGCUCCCUCGCGGGCAUCAAGGUCCUCAACACAACAACCAACACCGUCGUCCGCACCCUCGGCAAAGAGGAGCCGCUGCGCCCCCUCAACAUCGCGCUCUACCAGGGCGCGCCCAACAAGAAGGACCUCGUCACCGUCGAGAUGGCCGCCUCCGCGAACCCGCUCCUCUCCGAGGCCGAGUCCCGCGAUCCCAUGCUCUUCUGCACGGCCGCGGCAAAGCCGCGCUUCUACAUCUUCACCAACGACGCAUCCGCGUCAAAGACAGACCGCGACAUCCUCAACGAGAAGCCGCUGCUGUCUGCGGGUGCCGCCGCGGGCGCGGCGGGCGCCGACGCGGCGCCGAAGGAGAGCGGGAAGGCGGCCGUGAUUCAUACCAGUAUGGGCGAUAUCCAUGUGCGGCUGUUUCCCGAGGCUGCGCCGCGCACGGUGGAGAACUUUGUCACGCACGCAAGGAACGGGUACUAUAAUGGGACCAUCUUUCACAGGGUGAUUCGCAAGUUUAUGAUUCAGGGCGGGGACCCGUGUGGGGAUGGGACGGGGGGCGAGAGCAUUUGGGGCGGCGAGUUUGAGGAUGAGUUUUCGACGCUGAGGCAUGAUAAGCCGUAUACGCUGAGCAUGGCGAAUGCGGGGCCUAAUACGAACGGAUCCCAGUUCUUCAUAACGACGGAGAAGACGCCGUGGCUGGACGGGAAGCAUACCAUCUUUGGCCGCACGAUACAGGGCCUGGAUGUGGUGAAUAAGAUUGAGAAUGUGCGCACGUUCAAGGAGAAGCCGGAGGAGGAUGUCAAGAUUAUUAAUAUCUCGGUUUUGUAG